UGGUUGGAGAUGAACGAUAUGUCCUGUCGGAGUAGUUUUCAGGGCAGACCGUUAUUAUUACUAUUAUUAUUAUUACUGCAUGUUUCCCUUCUGUAUUAUUAUUUUUUAUUCGUCAUUUUUUAAUUUGCGCUCUUUUGCUUACAGUUGUUUUGGUAUAAAAAUAGAUGACAAUAGGAAAAGAGAUGAAGAUGGAUAACUAAAAUGCUCGAAGCAAUUAACAUGUUAACGACGUGCCUGGUUUUCCGAUGUUGCAAUAUUCUUUCCAAGCCUUGGAUGGAUGGAUAUAUUAGGGUGAAGGUCACGUCUGAGCUGCCUCAACCGCUCACCUCCGUUUCGGUUGGCCGCCUGUCUGACCGCAAGGUACCGCAGUUUGACAGGCGAGCGCGCUCGCAUUCCAGUAGCCUGUUUGCGUUGUAUUUUCAGAGACUUGUGCAGAAAAGGGGGUGCGAAUCCGUCGGGUUUUUCCUCCCUCUGAACGGUUAUUUUCCUAUUUAAAUUGUGCAGCCUUGCCUGCGGUCUUUGCGCGCAAGCGGAGAGCGAAGUGAGCACAGCACCGUCAUCUUUAGCUAGACAGAAUCGAAGCGUGACAUCAGGCGGGUGUCACGUUUCAGGUUUUGUUUUCUUGGUGCUUUUUUCACGCACGGAGAGGGAGACUGACAGCUGGAAUUCUCUAUGUCGUCUCCAGCUCGUCCAUAGGAGCGCGCUCUGUAGCGGAUCGGUUUCAAAGGAGCGGGCGCCCAUCCGUGAACUCAGUACAGCGCUUUUCUCGACUGAUGUUUCCUAUCUGGAUUACGACUUAAAUUCUUCCCGUUAGGUAGCUGGUUUGUCCAGAGAAUUUGAGCUCCUCGUGUUUCUUGCUCACAAUGAGCAGAAGGUGACCUGCAAGCACCCUGUCUCAGGUUUACCCUCCCAAGACACCUGCAUCUUCAUCCUCAACGAACAGCCCGUCCCCAAAGCGCCGGCGAGCAGCAAGAAGGACCGCCCCAUGAGCACCAUGACCGACACCUCCAACUACACCAGCAGCUCCGACUACAUCCCCCACCCGGGCAGCCCCCCGGGCCGCCCUUCAAGAUCCUCGAAAAAAGUGCACAAUUUCGGGAAGAGGUCCAACUCCAUAAAGAGGAACCCCAACGCCCCCGUGGUCAGGAGUGGCUGGCUGUACAAGCAGGACAGCACGGGGAUGAAGCUUUGGAAGAAGAGGUGGUUUGUGCUCUCUGAUAUGUGCCUGUUCUAUUACAGAGAUGAAAAAGAAGAAGGUAUCCUCGGAAGUAUUCUCCUGCCAAGCUUUCAUAUCUCUAUGCUUUCUGUGGAGGACCACAUCAGUAAGAAGUAUGCCUUUAAGGCCACGCACCCCAACAUGCGGACGUACUACUUCUGCACGGACAUGGCCAGAGACAUGGAGGUGUGGAUGAAGGCGAUGACCGACGCGGCCCUGGUGCACAUUGAGCCAAUGAAGAGACAGAAAUUGGAGCAGUGCGUCCCGCAGGAGAUGAACAGCACGCUGUGCCGAUUGGCCCCGCCCCAGCCGGAGGUACACAUUAAGGACGGGCCCCCGGAGGCGGGGGACCAGUGUGCCCAGGACGGGAGGCCGGCGGACGGCGAGAGGGACGGAGAGAGGUGCCAUUUCCAGACGGACGGGGCGGAGAGGGAGAAGCCGCGGGCCAAGGCCCGGGGCUCCAGGCUGCAGCCCAGCCAGGCGGCCGCCAUCGUCGCCGCCGUGAUGGCAUGCUCCCAUCAGGAGAACGGCGCGCCCCCCCCGCAGCCCGCCCAGGACAGGCCCCCCCAAAUGAACGGGGGGGACUGCAGCCUGGGGGAGGCGGGCACUGCCCCACCCCUUAGGGCUUCCAUUUGUGCCAUGCCCCAGAUAGACUCCUCACAUUUGCAGGGGGCUCCCCACACAGACCCCGCUCAGUCACAGCCCCCUCCUCAGCAAGAAUCUGCCCAAUCCCAGCCCCCUCUGCAGCAAGACCCCGCCCACUCUCAGCCACCUCCUCAGGCAGAAUCUGCCCAGUUCCAGUCCCCUCCUCAGACAGAAUCUGCCCAAUCCCAGCCCCCAUUUCAAAGAGAAUCUGACCAAUCCCAGCCCCCUUUGCAAAGAGAAUCUGCUGAGUCCCAGCUGCCUCCCCAGGAAGAUUCUGUCCAAUCUCCGCCUCCUCCCAAUAGAGAUCCCGCCCAUUCACAGGCUCCUCCCCAAAUAGACAUCCAUUCACAGGCCUCUUCCCAGGUAGACUCCUCCCAUUCACAGGUGUCUCAGCAGAGAGACCCCAUCUAUUACCAGACCCUUCCCAUGAGAGACUCCACCCAUCCACAGGCUCCUCCCCAGAUAGACCCCACACAUUCACAGACCUCUCUCCAGAGAGACCCAUGCUAUUAUCAGACCCUUCCCAAGAGAGACUCCACCCAUUCACAAGCCCCUCCCCAGAUGGACCCCACCCAUUCACAGACCUCUUUCCAGAGAGACCCCAGCUAUUCCCAGACCCUUCCCAAGAGAGACCACACCCAUUCACAGACUUCUCUCCAGAGAGACCCCAGCUAUUCCCAGACCCUUCCCAAGAGAGACCACACCCAUUCACAAGCCCCUCCCCAGACAGACCACAACUAUUCACAAGCCCCUCCCCAAGAAUCUGAAAAGUCCUUACAGAGGACCAGCUCCAUGCAGCAGCUGGAGCAGUGGGUGAGGAUCCAGAGAGGGCGGAUCCAAGAAGAUGAUACUGAGAGCGUUGCAUCGUACCUGACUCUGCCCAGGAAAAUGCCCAGCCAGCGAUCGCAGGGGGUGCCACGCUACCCCGAGGGGUACCGCACGCUCCCCCGAAACAGCGUGAUGCGGCCGGACAGCAUCUGCAGCCUGGCCCCCUCCCUGUACGACCGGACCCUGGGGCCCCCCGCCUCGUCCGCGGAGAAGCGGCGGUCCAUGCGGGACGACACCAUGUGGCAGCUCUACGAGUGGCGCCAGAGGCAGACCUGCACCAAGCACGCCCCCUCCAGGAGCUCCUACAGCACCCUCCCCAACCCCCGCACCCUGAUCCGGCCCUCCGACCGCAUCACCCCCUCCAUCCCCCUCUCCCCCUCCCACGGCUCCCUGGCGCACUGCCAGGGCUACCAGCCGUACGGCUCAUACGCCACCGACGGCCCCCCCGCGCUCGGCUCGCGGGUCCACCCGGGGGUCAUGACCAUGGACCGGCGGCACAGGACGCACGUGACCCAGACUGUCCCAGAGGACUACAGGGACAACUCCUACAUCUACAGGCAAGGCAGUCUGGAUCUUGACGUGAAGCUGAGCAGGCUGUGUGAGCAGGACAAAGUGGUGCGCACCCAGGAGCACAAGCUGCAGCAGCUCUACAGAGAGAAGCACACCCUGGAGACGGCGCUGCUGGCGGCCAGUCAGGAGAUAGAGAUGAGCGCGGGAGACCAGGCGGCCCUGCAGAGUGUGGUGCAGCAGAGAGACCUGCUACAGAGCGGCCUACUGAGCACGUGCAGAGAGCUGGCCCGUGUCAACACUGCCCUGGAGAGGUCAUGGAGGGACUUUUCCCAGCUGGAGACCGACGUAACGCUGAUCCGGAACAAUCUCCUGGAGCAGCUGGAGGCUCUGGGUACCCCUCAGACGGAGCCUCCCAGUCAGCAGCAUGUGCAGAUACAGAAGGAGCUGUGGAGGAUACAGGAUGUGACUGAGGCCUUGAGUAAGAACAGGACUCAGAGAAGCACUGAGGCCCCAAGUGUUGUAAACUCCAAUGCAGCCCCCAGUCAGCCGACGAGUGAGGGUCCAGACUACAGGCUGUGUAAGAGUGAGCCUGAGCUCACCACCGUGACGGAGGUGGAGGAGAGCAACACCGAGGACAAGGCGGAGGCGGCGGUGGACAAAGAGCCGUCCGGCACCAAAGGGCUUCCCUACCCCGUGGGGGUGGUGUCACCGAGGACGAAGUCCCCCUUGACGGAGUCGUCGAACAUCACCUCCUACGUCACCCUGAGGAAGAGCAAGAAGCCGGACCCCAGGACGGACCGCCCCCACAGCGCGGCGGAGCAGGCCGGCCAGGCGGAGACGGGGAGGCCCAGGAUGAGCGUGGAGGAGCAGCUGGAGAGGAUCAGGAGGCACCAGGAGGGCACGCUGAGAGGCAGGAAGAAGCCUCCCGCUGUCGUGGGGGUGGGGUCAGAGAACUUCCGCACCCUGCAGAGCCGUAAGAGAGGCGAAGGGGUCCCCAGUGACAUCCAGGAGCUGCUGGCCUCUCUGCGGGGGAAGGACACUGUGAAGCAGAAAGACCCAGUGAAGGAGCAGGAGGUGGAGAAAGAACAGGGACAGGAGCAGGAGGUGGAGAAAGAACAGGUGCAGGAGCCCAAGAAAGAACAGGCACAGGAGCAAGAGGCGGAGAAGGAACAGGAGCAGGAGGCAAAGAAAGAACAGGAACAGGAGCAGGAGGUGGAGAAAGAACAGGAACUGGAGCAGAAGGCAGAGAAAGAACAGGAGCAUGAGGUGGGGAAAGAACAGGAGCCCAAGAAAGAACAGGACCAGGAGAAAGAGGCAGAGAAAGAACAGGAGCUGAUAAAAGAAGAGGGCCCUGAGCAGUUGGAUGAACAGAAAUUGGACUCCUUGAAAGAAGAGGCACCUGAACAAACGAAGGGACAGGAACAGGGGCUGGAGAAAGAACAGGAACUGGAGCAGGUGGAAGAACAGGAGCAGGAGUCAGUGCAGGACCAGGGGCCAGUGGAGGAAAAGGACCUGGUUAAGGAGCAGGAACAGACGAAGGCAGAGGAACAGGAGCAGACACAGGUGGGGGAAGAACCAAAACAGGAAUUGGAGCCAAUAGGGGAACAGGAACUGGUUAAGAAACAGGAGCAGGGCCAGGCAGAAGAACAGGCGCAGGAACAGGAACAGGUGGAGGAAAAUGAGGAAAAGCCAGUGGAGGAACAGGAGCUGGUGAAAGAACAGAAACAGGAAGACGAGCCAGUGAAGGAACAGGAGCUGGUUAAGGAACAGGAGCAAAAGCCUGUGGAGGAACAGGAGCUGUUGAAAGAACAGAAACAGGAAGAGCCAGUUGAGGGACAGGAGCUGGUUAAGGAGCAAGUGCAGGCACAGUCAGAGGAACAGAAGCAGGCCCAGGUGGGGGAACAGGAGCAAAUGCCUGUGGAGGAACAGGCUCUGGUGAAAGAACAGAAACAAGAUAAGGAGCCAGUGGAGGAACAGGAGCUGGCACCUGAGGAGCAGCAGGCACCAGAGCAGGAACCAGAGCUGGAGAACCUACAGGAGUCUGAGCAGAUGGAUGAACCGGAACAGGAGCCUGUGAAAGAGGACGGAUCUGAGCAAAUUAAGGAGCAGGCACCGCUGCAGGAACAGAAACCAGAGAAAGACCUGGAAGAGGAGCCAAGGAAUGAACAGGCAAAGGAGCCAGCACAGGAACAGGCAGAGGAAGAGAAAGAUAAACAGGGAGAAGAGCUAGUGAAGGAGAAGGAAGUGGUGCAGGAACAGGAGCAGGUGAACAGCCAGGAUCAGGCAAAUGAGCCAUCGAAGAAACUCCAAGACAAUCCAGUGGAGGAACAGGAAGAGGACAUGACAAAUAAGGAACAGGAGCAGCCUCUACAAACCCCACCACAGCCCCAGGAGCAGCAGCCGGAGAAAAAAUUGCCUGAGGUUCUGAUCCAGGAGGAGGAAGGGAUCAAAGCCCUUGUGGUCAAAAACAGCAUGCAGAGGGUGGCACCAGUGGUGAACUCUAACCCCGAGGUGAAGACAGAGGAGGUCACGGAGCAAGACCAGCAGCAGCUGAUCAACAACUGUGAGCGGAAGGGAGCGGAGGUGAAAAGCCUGCCUGCCCUACCCCUGUGUCCAACCCCGCCAUCUACACCUCCCCAGCUGGCUGAAGGGUCCCACUUCAUGUGUGUGUAGAGACCCCCUGGAUCUGCCCUUGAGGAAUGCUGGGAUGGAACAACGUGAUGUCACCUGCACAGACCCCACAGAAGACUGCAGAGAGCUCCCCGACAGUCUCGUCCAUAAGAACUGUGCCAACGGUCACACGGGCCAUGUUUGAAUACUUUUUUUAAAACUACAAUUUACUUAUUCCCUUACCCUGCAAACAUGUUACCAUGGAAGGGAAGAGGCACUCAUAAGAAACCAGAUAUGCUAGUCGGUCCAGUCUUAUUUUAAGGCAACAUUGCUUUUGAGUGAGGUUGAAAUAUUUGCAGCACAUUUAUGCUCUAAAACAGGUUUUGAACAAGAGUGUCAUUAUAAAUAGCGCUUUGUGACAAUUCUGUUAUGUAAAUUACAUUUUAAAAAGUGCAAUGAAAAAUACAAUUUAAUUGAAUGGCUGGUGGAAUAAUAACAUUUUGCUUCUUUUACGUAUUCAUUAUUAUAUUCCCAUCUAUACACGCUAUUUGUUCAUGAUGUCAUACGUUUAUGUAUGGAUUUUGUGGCCUGCGGUCAUUGUGAGUCAUUUAGAAAGUGUAUCUUUCAUUCAUACCCUCCUUGCUUAAACUUGUCCACCAACAUUUUCAUCAUUUUUUCACUUCCUUGUACAAAGCAAAGCCUUAUGGGACUUGCAGUCAUUUCUAGGCAAGUUCGCUUCCACCGAAGAAGUGUUGUUCUAUCUUCAACCAAAGGGUGCACAGGUGAAAGAUCAUGGAAUGUUUGCUGUCAUAGAAGCCACGUAGCUCCACGGAGGUGAGGGCAGAAGGAAGGAGGAAGGAGGAAGGAGGAAGGAUGCAUUUUAACUGUUUUCAAAUGCAGCAGCGGUUUCAUGCUCCAGGAGCCUUAGACCUGCUUGCAAUGACCUCUGACCUCUUCAGUAGAAAUCUAGAAUAUGUUCAGAAUUCUCCCAUGCAGAUAUUUUUAAUUUUUUUUAAUUUUUUUAUUGUUAGGUACAUUCUAGCUUUGAUCAUUAGCCUGUGUGGAAAGCUUCAGGGAACUGUCUAAAAAGAAGAUCUUACAGGCACACAUGCACCGUCUUGACCUCUGGCGCAGAAAGAGAAGACACAAAGGAUACCAGUUUAUUUUAACCAUCCACUGUUUUAUUUUUUUCUUUUAGUUUUUAACCUUAAUGCAUAUUUCUAUUUCACUUAUCAUGGAUUUUUUAAAAUGAGUUUAGUUUGAUUUCUUUAUUUCUUGUAUCUUACAGUGUAGAAACUGAAUUAUUAACAGAGUAUAUAUGGUGUAGUUAUGUAAAUGUGUGUGUGUGUGUGUUUGCCUGCGUGCGAGUGUGUGUGUGGGUGUGCUCGCCUAAUUGCUUUAUAAUUCAAUAAGGUGCUGCUUCAUUGGUGCAGGUGGACAGGUCUGUAAUAUUUUGGGCUGUUGCCGACACACACGAAUGUUCCUCGUUCCGUCAUUUUAUAUUUCAAAAGAGACAAAGACAAAGAGAAGUUUUCAGAGUUUAGGUUCUAUUUGCAUGGUUUUGAGCCUUGGACUGGGAAAAGACAAAACAGCACAUGUAAAAUAAAAAAAGCAAUAAGCAGGUUUCCUUACUCCUGGACUUUGAUUUCUGUGUACAAAGUGUAAAAGUGUACAAGAUGUUUCUGUAUAUACUGUACAGCACAUAAUGAACAGAGCCGAUAUAAGUAUAGAUGCUAUGUAUUGAUAAUGCUAUGCAGAUGUUCAUACGACAUCUGUUUUAUAUCCUGUUAAAUAAACGCUGAUGUUUCUAUUCUCA